GCACAUUACCGAGACCGGUCCUCCAGAGAUGUGAGGGGAGUUUAACACUACAGCUGUUUUUUUUUCAUUUAGCCAAAACAAACAACAAACGACACGGAGAGUACAUCUGGAUUAUAUCACAGCGAGCAGCAUCCAACAGGUCCACAGAGGAGCAACAGCAGAUGAACCUGAUGAGGUCCAGUCAGCUGAGCAAAGAGGAGUGACCGCUUCAUCCUCUCCUUGUUGCACUCCGUCGAGAGGCCAGUGAGGCUGAAGAGGCGUUCCUCCGGCCCGCCUCUUUCUGUCACCAUUUCUUCUCUUGAGUCGGUCCCCCAAAGCGUUUCAAAACUGUUUCUCCAACGCUUUUUCCAGAAACUCAGACUGUUUUCCAAAGCAGAAGCAGCACAGCCCUCCCAGACUGAGGUGAUGGGAAGCGUGCGAGCCAGCCGCUACAGCAUUGUGUCAUCAGAGGAGGACGGCAUGAAGCUCGCCACUAUGGCGGUGCCUAACGGCUACGGGAACGGCAAGAGCAAAGUGCAGACGAGGCAUCAGCCGCAGAGCAGAUUUGUAAAGAAGGACGGUCACUGCAACGUGCAGUUCAUCAAUGUGAGCGAGAAAGGUCAGCGCUACCUUGCUGACAUCUUCACCACGUGCGUGGACAUCCGCUGGAGGUGGAUGUUCAUCAUCUUCUGCCUCGCCUUCCUGCUGUCGUGGCUGUUCUUCGGCUGCGUGUUCUGGCUGGUGGCCAUCUUGCACGGUGACUUAGACAACAACAACCCCAAGAAGUGCGUCUCUAACGUCAGCACCUUCACCGCCGCCUUCCUGUUCUCCAUCGAGACCCAAACCACCAUCGGCUACGGCUACAGAUACGUGACCGACGAGUGCCCCGUCGCUGUCUUCAUGGUGGUUUUCCAAAGCAUCGUGGGUUGCAUCAUCGACGCCUUCAUCAUCGGCGCAGUCAUGGCUAAGAUGGCGAAGCCCAAGAAGAGGAACGAGACGUUGGUUUUCAGCCAUAACGCCACAGUCGCCAUGAGGGACAACAAGCUCUGCCUGAUGUGGCGAGUGGGCAACUUAAGGAAGAGCCACCUCGUGGAGGCGCACGUCCGGGCUCAGCUUCUGAGGUCCCGGACGACAGCGGAGGGGGAGUACAUCCCCCUGGACCAGAUGGACAUAGAUGUCGGCUUCGACAGCGGAGUGGACCGCAUCUUCCUGGUCUCCCCGAUCACCAUCGUCCACGAGAUCGACGAGGACAGUCCCUUCUAUGACAUGAGCAAACAGGACUUAGAAACCUCUGACUUUGAAAUCGUGGUCAUCCUGGAGGGCAUGGUGGAGGCGACCGCCAUGACCACACAGUGCCGCAGCUCCUACGUCGCCAGCGAGAUCCUCUGGGGCCACCGCUUCGAGCCGGUGCUCUUCGAGGAGAAGAACUACUACAAGGUGGACUAUUCCCGCUUCCAUAAGACAUACGAGGUGCCGAGCACGCCUCUGUGCAGCGCCAGAGACCUUGCAGAGAAAAAAUACAUCCUCUCAAACUCCAACUCUUUCUGCUACGAAAACGAGAUGGCGCUGGAGAACAAAGACGACACCGACGAGGGGAACGGCGGCAGCGUGGGGCCCGACGGCACCCAGACAGACAACAUCUCAGAGAACGAACACAGCCAGGCCACGGUGCCGCUAGAGCCCCGGCCUCUGAGGCGAGAAUCCGAAAUAUGACUGCUGAGACGUCAGACCUCUCGUGAGGGUUUGUCUGAAAUCACCUCUCUGCUUCUGAAGGCGCAGCGAGCCGAGCUGAGCCGGGGGUAGAGGACGAGCGGAACGGUACUGCUGUGGAGAGCGGCGAGGGUUUAGGACUUUGUAUGUAGGAGUCAGUCUGAACUUUGACUACAUACAGUAUGACAAAACAUAGCACUACCAUGGACCCAUGUGCAUUUUGAGGAAUUCUCAAUACAGUCCCCAUGAAUGUUUGCUCGGGCGUCCGGUGACCGCAGGACGACGGAGAGUUGUGAAGACUUGAAAAUUGCAGGCAUGUCUCGGUUUGUCUGUCCGGCUUGAACAAUAUGCUUUCUGAGAGGAGGUGUUUGAUAGAUAGAACAUGUUCUUAAGUGCUGCUAGACAAUAGUUGAAGUAAAACUUGUACUGUUUCUGUAGAACCAAAGAGUACACUAAAAGGUUUGAUGUCUGGAACAAAGACGGUACAGUAGAGUAUUUGUUCAGGAGCUGGUCUCAUUGAAGACAUCAGAGUCUAAACUUUUCUGUAGGUCGACAUCUUUGUCCUUUUAUUUUUCCUCUCAUAUCACAGCACUGACUCUUUUCUCUGACUGUUCAUUGCUGGUUAGACUGAUAGACACAUGCCUGCUCGUGCUGAGAGACGGAGCGGGGGCAGUAUUAACGUCACGGAGCUGACCGGGGGGUUUAAGAGAAUCUGAAUGUUCUUAAAGUGCUGCUAUGAUGUUGCUUUUUUUAACGUUUGAUAAAAAAAUGCCAAAGAGUAUUAUUAUCAUAGUUACAAGUUUCUGAGAUAAGACACCUGGAUAGAUUUGGUACAGAGAAGUAGUACAUGUAGGGAGUUUUUCCAAAGGUUUGUUUUUUUGGAGAAUGUGUGUACAGUUUAUCACUUUUUACAUCCUUAUCUUGAGCCACUUCAACAAGCCUUAAUCUGGAAGUUCAGUUAAAUCAACUCGAGUGGCGAAGGCUUUACUGUAAAAGAGCACAAGAGUCACGAGCUCUGCUUCUGGCUGGACUGAAGGGAGAAUGUAAUCUGUGUGUCUGAUGCAUUCUGGGAGGAUUUUAACAUCAACUUGGGAUAAUAAAAAUGGGAUGCACCUCCUUUUAGAUACCUGAAUCAAAAAUGUUAAAUUUGCACCUUUUAAUCCAGCCUUCUUUAUCAUCAACACUACUUGAGUCUUCGUUCUCUGCUGCAAAGCUCUCCAUCACAUGAGAAUGUAAGAUCUGAUCUCGGUGCAGACGGAGGCGUGCUGCACGAGAGUUUGCAUCAACGCCAUUUUUAAAAAAAGAGAGGAAAAAGAAGUGACAGAUCCAACAUGUGUAAAUACCUCCCUUCCCUUUUUGCAGUUAUUUUGUAUCAGUCUUCCAAAUGUACUGCAAAACAAAGGAAUGUACAGAUUUUUGUAUUAAUAUUAUUAUUAUUAUUAUUGUACAUGUUAUUAUUAUUGCUCCUUUUUCAAUAAAAUGUCAGUGGACAAUCAGAA